UGGCAGGGAAUGCAGCUCGACACGGAGAUGAGGUGGAGCUUUCUGUGAGGUAAUGUGAUUUGAGAAAAUCACUGCUGCUCUUGGCACUCUGAAUGACACACAGUCAGCCUGUGGGGAUGAGUUUCACAGAGGCAGGGAUGUGAUUUGUGCUGUGUUGAGUGGACUGUCACAGGAUUGUACCAGCUCAUGUUGAGGAGACCAGAAGACACCAUGUAUAAAAGUGUUCCUGAAUAGUUGGAAGCUUGAGCUGCAGUGGUAUGAAUCUGUUGCUCUGGUUCGGUGGAGGCAGAUCAUUUCUGCUUCUUUUGAUCCUGCUGUGCUGUGGAACCUUGCCGAUCUGGACCAAGACCAGCAGACACCAAGGGUCCCGCAGACCUGUGCACAACCACACCAAUGACAUCAUACUGGCUGUCAUACUCCCUCAGCACAAUACGUCCUACCCCUGGGCAUGGCCUCGUGUGGGACCCGCACUGGACCGUGCCAUUGCUCACGUCAAUGCCGAUCCCACCCUGCUGCCCCGGCACCACAUCCGGCACAUCUUUGCAAACAGUGAGGAUGGGGACGGUAUCUGCUCAGAGUCUAUCGCCCCCCUCAUGGCCGUAGACCUGAAGUUUGAACACAACCCGUGGGCCUUCAUAGGGCCUGGCUGUGACUAUACCUCCUCCCCCGUUGGGCUGUUCACUGCUCAUUGGGGCCUCCCCAUGAUCACGGCAGGGGCCCCUGCUGUAGCUUUCAUGCAGAUGGAGAUGUACACUUCCAUCACCAACACAGGCCCCACACAUAAGAAACUGGGCGAGUACGCCCUCCACCUCUACAAGCAUUUUGGGUGGCACCAACACACCCUGCUGAUGUUUAGUGAUACCAAAAUGGGAGAAAGGGCCUGCUACUUUGCCCUGGAGGGGCUUUACACGGAGAUGCAUGAGGACAACAUCACCACCAUGGACCUGGUGUUUGAGGAGAACAAAGGGCCUGUUAACUAUUCCGAACUCCUGCACAAGAUCCAGGAUGAUGGAAGAGUAGUGUUUGUAUGCUGUUCUCCGGAUAUUUUCCGGCAGUUGAUGGUGCACUUCCACAGGGCAGGCCUCCCUAAGGAGGAAUAUGUCUUCUUCUACAUUGACAUCUUUGGACGCAGUUUGGAGUCCAGGCCUUCUCAGCCGUGGGCCAGAGGAGACCCUGAUGAUGUCUUUGCAAAGGAGGCCUUCCAGAGUGUGAAGAUUCUGACCUACCUAGAGCCGCAGAAUCAGGAGUACAAGGAGUUUGUCAAUGUUCUAAAAUUGGAUGCCAAACAAAUGUUCAACUUCACAGUGGAGGAUUCUUUGAUGAACAUCAUCUCAGGUGGUUUCUAUGAUGGUCUGAUGUUGUACUGCAAUGCUCUAAAUGAGAGUCUCGCAGAAGCACAUGAUCGACCUUCAGGAGAGUCUGUCACAAAGAGAAUGUGGAACCGGACUUAUUAUGGUGUCACUGGUCUGGUGCAGAUUGAUGAGAAUGGAGACAGAGAGACUGAUUUCGCCCUCUGGGACAUGACUGACACGAACAGUGGCAACUUUCAGACUGUGGCGGUGUACAAUGGCACUCAGAAGCAGAUGAAGAUUCUUCCUGGGAUGGCCAUCCAGUGGCCAGGUGGCAACAUUCCCUGGGAUGUGCCCCUCUGCGGCUUUAAGAAUGAUAACCCUGCCUGUCGUGCACGAACUAUCGCAAUGCACCAGAUGAUUUCCAUUGUGCUUUUCCUCAUCCUCGUCAUCAUCUUCACUGUGACUGUGUUUAUAUACAGAAAGCUGAAGCUGGAGAAGGAGUUGGUCGCUCAGUUAUGGAGAAUUCCUUGGGAGGACAUUCAGAUGGGCAAUCUGGAAAAGGCCAUGAGGAGCACCGGCAGCAAAUUCACACUCUCUCUAAGAGGUUCAAACUAUGGAUCACUGCUGACAGCUGACGGUAAUUUCCAGGUGUUUGCUAAGACUGGCUACUUUAAGGGAAACAUUGUGGCCAUUAAAUACAUCAACAGAAAGCGCAUCGAUUUAACGAGGAAAGUGUUGUUUGAACUGAAGCAUAUGAGAGAUGUGCAGAAUGAGCAUUUGACCCAUUUUAUUGGUGCCUGCAUCGAUCCACCCAACGUCUGCAUCGUAACAGAAUACUGCCCUCGAGGCAGCCUGCAGGACAUUUUGGAAAAUGAAAGCAUCACACUAGACUGGAUGUUCAAAUAUUCACUAGUCAGUGACAUAGUAAAGGGCAUGGCUUUCCUUCACAACAGUGUGAUUGUAUCCCAUGGGAACCUGAAAUCAUCCAACUGUGUGGUUGACAAUCGUUUUGUGCUAAAGAUCACUGACUAUGGGCUGUCCAGCAUCAGGACAGAGUCAGACACGGAAGACGCCCACUCUUAUUAUGCACGUAAGCUGUGGAUGGCUCCAGAGCUGUUGAGAAUGGAGUGCUUUCCUCCAGGAGGCACACAGAAGGGCGACGUCUACAGUUUUGGCAUUAUCCUUCAAGAAGUGGCUCUGCGGAGAGAAGUCUUUUACUUGGAGGGAGACUCACUUAACCCCAAAGAGAUUGUGGACCGUGUAGCUCUGGGUGAAUGGCCAUAUCUCCGGCCAUCAGUGAACCCUCAGGCCCACAGUGAAGAGCUGGGCCAGCUGAUGCAGCGCUGUUGGGCUGAAGAACCAUCAGACAGACCAGAGUUCAACCAUAUUAGUGUGUUACUCCGCAAACAGAACAGGGAGCACAGAAGUAAUAUCUUGGAUAAUCUUUUGUCUCGCAUGGAGCAGUAUGCUAAUAAUCUGGAGGAGCUGGUAGAAGAGAGGACUCAAGCCUAUCUGGAGGAGAAACGCAAGGCAGAAGCUUUACUGUACCAGAUCCUCCCUCAUUCAGUGGCAGAGCAGCUAAAGAGGGGUGAGACGGUGCAGGCCGAAGCUUUUGACUCUGUCACCAUCUACUUCAGUGAUAUUGUGGGCUUCACGGCUCUGUCAGCAGAGAGCACACCUAUGCAGGUCGUCACUCUCCUCAAUGACCUCUACAUCUGCUUUGAUGCCAUUAUAGAUAAUUUUGACGUUUACAAGGUGGAGACAAUAGGUGAUGCCUACAUGGUGGUUUCAGGAUUGCCGGUACGGAACGGGAAACUGCACGGUCAUGAGAUUGCACGCAUGUCCCUUGCUCUAUUGGAGGCUGUCAAAACAUUUAAGAUUCGCCACCGACCUGAUGAGCAGCUCAAAUUACGAAUCGGCAUUCACAGUGGUCCUGUGUGUGCAGGCGUAGUUGGGCUGAAGAUGCCUCGGUACUGUCUUUUUGGAGAUACGGUGAACACAUCUUCUCGUAUGGAGUCGAAUGGAGAACCUCUGAAGAUUCAUGUGUCGUCAGCCACUCGAGAUGUGCUGCAGGAGUUCAGCUGCUUCCAGCUAGAGCUGAGAGGAGAUGUGGAGAUGAAGGGAAAAGGGAAGAUGAGGACCUACUGGCUUCUGGGGGAAAUAAACAACAGUGAUUGAGACGGUGGGGAGAGAGAGAG